AUGACCCUGUCUGGGCAGGUGGAUAACGGGCUCCUGGUUACCCCUUGGGUAGAUUCCAUGUCCCCAACACCCUAUCCGCAGGACGAUGGCGCUCCGGCGGUCCUUGCGGCCGCCGAUGGGGCUCCACCCACAGUCGCUGCGUUCGCUCCCACUACUAUCUCAGGCUUGUCUCUGGCCUCGAGACAGCGUUCUACUAUAGUCGUCCAUAGGAAAUCCCCUCUCCUGGUGGCCACUCCACCCCCGGUCACACGUGCUUUGGCCUACUCUCACCCAUUCCUUCUCCCGCUCAAUAGACUGGCAGGGCUGCUUUCAUGGACGACUGGGGAUCCUUGGGAGAGUUUCCUUUUAGUUGCUUGUUUUUGUGCAACUGUUUUAUACGGAGAUGUUAUUCUUCUCUGGGCUGGACCUAUCCUGGUUGUACUGGGACUGAUAUUGGCUAUGUACUCGCGUCGAUAUUCUCCCUUAUCGUCAACUGGUCUUACCGGAGAAAAGCAUGGGAGUCAUGGGGUAGGAGACGGCGCCUCCCAGCACCUUAAGAGCUUAGAUGAAAUCGUAGAAACUCUGAGGACGUUCACCACGAGAUGCAAUAUCUUGCUUGAACCACUGCUGGAACUUACCGAUUUCCUUUCCACCCAGCGGACGGCCACCUCCGCAACGACCAGGCCAGCGUUAACGUCUUUAACGAUCCGUGUAGUCCUUAUGACUCCUGUAUGGAUCCUGCUGACUCUGCCCCCUUUCCGCCUCAUCACCCCUCGACGUGUUAUACUUUCAGUAGGCACGGUCAUAAUCACAUGGCACUCCAAACCAGCACGUAUAUCUCGUGUAAUACUCUGGCGUUCAUUGACCGUACGACGUAUUUGUUCUGUUGUUACAGGACUCCCCUUUUCCACAACCCCCUCUCCCAUUUCGAGAGAUUCAGACGCUACAUCAAAGUCAUCCAUUCUAUCGUUAAAUCUAUUCCGGCGCAAGUCCUCCAAUUAUGCAUCUGCCAUUUCGAUGAAACAACGACGAGCCAACUCGUCUGGUGUCCGUUUCACUUUCAUCCUCUAUGAAAACCAACGGCGCUGGUUGGGGGUUGGCUGGACGUACUCUCUCUUCGCAUACGAACGCGCUGCAUGGACAGAUGAACAUCUCAACCCUGCUCCGUCGAUUGACGACUUCGAGCUACCUGAAGUUGAAGGCGGAAAUGCGAAAUGGAAAUGGGUACCUGGGAGCGAAUGGCGAAUCGAUACCGUUCCAUCUGAUUUCUCCAGCAAACGGUCUUUCAAAUCGUCUCAAAAAGAUAAUGGAGGGAACUCAGACAAUGAUGAGGGUUGGAUAUAUUACGACAGUAAGUGGAGCGAUGGCCGUCGUGGCAAAGAUGGCUGGGGCCGCUACACAAGACGCCGGAAAUGGUGUCGGGAUGCCGAACUCGUCGAAAUAACUCCCAGCACGGAAAGCACUCCACCACCAUCAUCCACUGAAGAACAGGGAUCAUCAUCUUCCCUGCCACAGACGAACAACUCCAAGGGCGACGAUGAUAUUUCCGAUACGGAAGGGAGAACCUCCCCACCAUCUGACUCUCGCAAACCCCGCCAACGACGAUGGUUCGGCAGCAGCGAGCUGUCAAAAGCCCUAGCAUCGCCUCCCGGCUCCGCAUCUAGUUUACCUUUGUCAAAUGGCGACUCAUUAUCAACGGCACUUGCAACAGGCGCAGAUUCAGGUACGAUGGCGAAGCAGCCGUCGCCAAGCAUUCCAAACGUUCGUGCCACCUCUUACAGCAACUCUUUCCCACGCACAUACAGUUUUGACAAUGGGGGUAGCGGUAGCAGUAGAAACAGCUUGACCUCCCGUCGGCGCAGCAAAGCCAGCAGCGCCAUGGUUGAUACGGAUGGGGAGAGCUUAGGUAAGAGCAUGCGCGAUCAGGAAAUUGAGGAGGCCGAAAAUAUUGCAGAUCGGUUUGGUAGUCGGCCUGGUGGGGUGGCGGAGAGAGCGGAGAGGGGAUGGGGUCUGGGUGAUGAUGCCCAUAUGGGGUUAAGCUAA